CUUCAUUCCUUGCUUGUGCCUCGUGGUAGUCCCGCUCAAAAAACACACCAAAUAUUGAUAAACAUCUCAAUCAUGACUGUAGCUACCACUGUUCUGAUUACCGGGGCUAAUCGAGGUUUGGGCUAUGGGCUUGCAGAGGUAUACCUCGCGCGGCCCAACCAUAUCGUGAUCGGUGCUGUUCGCAAUCCCGACACCGCGGGUGCCCUGGAGGCGCUUACUAAAGGCGAAGGAAGCUCAUUGAUCAUUGUUAAAAUCGAUAGCCUCUCGGAAUCUGACCCUGCCGCAACUAUCGAGGCUGUCAAGACCCAAGGCAUUACAGCUCUUGACAUCGUCAUUGCAAAUGCGGGUAUCAGCCAAGUUUUCCCCCAGGCUCAUGAUGUCGAGAUUUCUGAUCUGCUGAGACAUCUUCAAGUCAACGUGUUCGGCGUCAUCUUGCUUUUCAAGGCAGUGCGCCCCUUGCUUUUGGCAGCUAAGGAACCUAAGUUUGUAACCCUCGGAUCGUCGGCAGGUAGCUUGAGUGAGAUGGCAACUCGAAACUUCCCAAACUCUGUGUACGGGACUUCCAAAGCGGCACUCAACUACAUCACGCUCAAGAUACAUUUCGAGAAUCCCACUUUGACUGCUUUCCCAGUGGAUCCGGGCUGGGUGCAAACUGAUAUGGGGAACACCGGGGCUCAGUCUUUGGGGUUGAAUAAAGCUGAGAUUGAGGUCAAUACCAGUGUAUUAGGAAUGAUCGGGGUGAUUGAUGCUGCAGACAGAGAGAAUAUGUCGGGCAAGUUCAUGCAUUACGACGGAACCGCGAAACCGUGGUAG